ACUGUUUGAUUCAAUUUGCUCUCCUUUUAAUGUUACAUCAUGUUAUCUCUCAUCUCAUGCUUAUGAUUUGUGAGAUCUCGUGACUCCCACAAAACCCAGUGGCAGGAUAAUGUGAACUCCGAUGAGUAUUGUAUUUGCUCACUGUUGCUCACUUGCAAAUUGUUCCAGAGAUGGAAACUCAAGCUCUUUUCCAGAAUCUAGUCACGUUGGGGACAUUCUAAAGACAGGUCCAACCCUGAGAAUGUCCAUGUGGCUGGAGCAGCUAGUGUCUUCUUCAGGAACAAUGCAGCUCAACAGAGCUUUUGCAUUUCUUUGCCUGGUGAUUUCAGUGGAUGCGCAGAGGAGUCACAGAAUGACCUGCUAUCUGGAUGUUUUAACACACCGCACACAUGAAGGGCCGUGCUCUCACAUCAUCCUCCCCUUGACCUCCACUGAUGGUGACCUUUACCUCCAAAGCCUGUCGGAAGAUGACAGUGUUACUCUUAGAAGCAUGAAGGAGAGAAAUCCAGCUUUGAAGAUUUUGCUUGGUUUGGAAGUCAGAUCAUCAAGGUUGGAGCUGAUGUCUGCUAAUGAAGCGAGCAUUGAGAAUUUUGUUCAAACACUAUUGAAAUACUUAAAAGACAAGAGUUUAGACGGCCUAGACGUGACCUGGCUGGAUGGCCCUACUUUUGACGAAUCUAGUAGAAACAAAGAGCUAAUCACAAAUUUUCUGAAGAUACUAAAAGGCGCAUUUAAAAAAGAAACACAGCCUCUACUUCUGUCAGUGUCUGUACUAGGGCCUGUUGACCACAGUGAUGAUGAGCAGACACUUUCACAGUAUGUGGACUUCAUCUCCAUUUUGCCUGCUCAGCUCAAAAAGGAUGGACCAUACAUGCACUGGCAGGACCAGCAUGUUGACCUACAAAAGUUCAGUCUAGCUAUGCCUGCUUUUCUACGCCGGUCACGACGAAGGCAUCACCACAGGGAUCAUUUCAAUCAUGAGGACAUGAAUACAGAGACAGGAAAGAAGGAUCACAUCCACGUUUUGGGCUUCUACCUGGGCGAUCGGGUGUGUCAGGCCAUUAAAAGUCGACCAGAGAAGUUCAUUACUUUAACAAGUUUCUCAGAUGAACAAAGUCUUGUUGCAGAGGUGCUCCAGAAAGGCUUUGGUGGCAUAACGGUUGUCUUCAUAGAUUUGGACGUCUUCUAUAACUCCAUAUGUGCGCAUCUUACUCAGGAUGAACGAGCAAUUGUUGAAUCAAAGGUGGUUCUGCAUUCACAUCAUGUACACAGACGUCAGAAGCAUGGUGGUCAUCAUCACAGCAGGAACCAUCACCACAGCCGUCACCACCAUCAUCACUCUCUUCUUCCUUAUGGCAGCCAUGGUCAUCAUCACCAUGGACAUCAUCAACAUGGUCAUGGUCAUCAUCACCAUCACCACCACCACCAUCUUCAAAUAAUUCCUCAAAGAAACAUAACCGUGGAAGAACGGGAUGAUGUGAAGUGAUUAAUAUGUAAUACAAAAAAAUUCUUCUGAUGAAUGAUAAUGAGCGACGUCGUAAAACUUUGGUGUUUUAAGCUUGCCGA